AUGGCUCGAAAGCGGCGAAACUUGGUUGCUGAAGUCGUGGCGUGGUUUGCAUUCAUUGCAUGCAUUCUUGCUACAAAUGAGAACCAAGAAACACUGCAAGAACUCAAAGAUCUGGAGCUCUUGGACAGCGAAAUAAGAUCCCCUCAUGGUUUGAAGGACGAAGCAGAAAUAAUUCCCGAAGAUGAAAAUGAUUACUCCUUUCCCAGUAAACGAUAUUAUUUUUACUCACAAUAUGAUGAAUACGAUUUGUGUUAUACUUGGGGUCAUUAUCAUUUCAAAACAUUUGAUGGUCGAUUUUUCUACUAUCCUGGACAUUGUACAUAUCUUCUUGCUGCCGAUUGUAAAGACAAUACUUUUGCCGUCCAUAUUUCAAACGCUACUAACUGUCGUAAAGGUCGUAAAUGUCACCGACGAGUUUUCAUCUAUCUUGAUAAUGGUAACAUUGAAAUUGAGCUUUAUGAAGACGAACACGUCAUUGUAAACCAUAAAGUUGUGAAAGCGCCUUACAUUAUCAACAAAAUAGUCGUCGACAAAAUUGCAAAUUACAUCGUUGUUCACGGUUUUCCUGGUCUUAACAUUCGCUGGGAUGGUUAUAACAGCGUUUACGUUCAACUCUCUUCACACUAUCAUGGCAAAACAUGUGGUUUGUGCGGCAACUUCAACAACUAUCCGCUAGAUGACUUCAAAAAGUUAUCGGGUCAACUUGUGGAGUCCGCUAUUGACUUUGCCAACAGUUAUAAAAUGGUUAAGUACAAUGCCACUUGCAAAGACGUGCAGCCAGGAUCACUGCCUUGCUCCAAACUCAAAAGAAAAGAUUACAGACAUGUUCGCAAAAGCUGUCACGUGUUAAGCUCGAAAAUAUUUAGCAAAUGUCACAAGGUUGUUAAUCCAAUGAUGUUUAAUAAGAUGUGUCAAGAUGACGCGUGUACGUACAUUGGCAAGAAGAUGAAAUGGACGAAUUGUGAUGUCUUGACUCAGUAUUCGAGGUCUUGCUCAAGACAAGGAAUUAAGUUGUCUUGGAGAAAGCAAUUGAAUUGUGAGGUGACCUGUCCAGCUACAAUGAAUUUCAGCGAGUGCGAAACAGCUUGCCCAAGAACUUGUGCUCAUAAAGAUUUAAAUUACGUUUGUGAUACGAACUGUAUUGAUGGUUGCACAUGUCCAAAUGGUACCUUUUACGAUGGAACGAAAUGUGUUGCAGCAAAACUUUGUCCAUGUAAACAUCACAGGAAGUUGUUUCCAGCUGGAUCGACAAUUUUGAAUGAUUGCAACAAAUGCAAUUACCGUACAUAUCUAAAACUAUGCGUUCGAACUCUAGGUAUAUGUUCGGCAACUGGUGAUCCUCAUUACAGAACGUUCGAUGGUAAAUCUUAUUCCUUAAUGGGUCAUUGUCGUUAUAUUUUUGCUCGGGACUGUCGUUCAAACAACUUUUCAAUCGAGGUACAAAAUACUCCAUGUGGUGAUGAUGGCACAGUCACUUGUACCAAAACAAUUUAUCUCUACAUCAAUGAGUCAAGCAUAGUUUUCUUGAGAGGUGGAGCUGUAGAACUAAAUGGUCAACAAAUUUCACUGCCAUAUUUUGCACCAGGCAUUGUAAUCACCCGCAUCGCGUUCGGAAUGCUCCGACUUCGAUCUGACAUCGGCUUGGACGUGCAUUGGGACGGUUUUAUGAGUUUGUACGUAACUGUUCAACCACAGUAUGCAAACAGUACUUGUGGCCUUUGUGGUAACUACAAUGGCAACCAGGAAGAUGAUUUCAUGAAUAAUGAUGGUGCCAUUGAGACGAAUGUUGUAGCAUUUGGAAACUCUUGGGUAGCUCGAUGGUGCAAUAAAACAGCGACUACGGUGGUGAACACGUGUGAGAUAAUGGUACAACGUGCUUUAGUCGCAGAGACGAAAUGCGAUAUUUUAAAUCAAGAACCGUUCAAAGUUUGUCAACAUAGCGUUGAUCCCGACGAUCAGUAUUUUCAAAACUGCAAAUUUGACGUUUGUGCUUGUCGGCAUGGUAGUCGAUGUUACUGUGAGGCUAUUGAAGAUUACGCGCGUGCGUGCUUACGAUAUGGUCACGUGAUCAACUGGAGAAAUACAGGCAUCGCUUCGGAGUGCGAUAUUAAAUGCGACAACAGUGAACAAGAAUAUCAACACUGCGGUACUUCAUGUAUGGGAACGUGUCGUGAACUUCAGUACAGUGAACGAUGUAUCGAGGUUUGCUCUCCCGGCUGUCAUUGUCCCAAUGGUACCGCUUUAAAUGACCAGAAAAAAUGUGUCGCUGUAUCAGAAUGUCCAUGUCAUUAUGAGAAUAAAUAUUACAAUCCUGGUGAAUCCUAUUGGCCUGACAGAUGCACUAAAUGCACAUGUUCAAAUGGAAAAGUUCAAUGUAAAAAUGAAACAUGUCAAGUCGAGUGUUCUUCUGGUCGUGCAUGGUCGCAAUGUGCUCAAUGUGAGAAAACUUGUGGAAAUGUUCACAUGAAAUGUCUGAACAAACAGUGUGAGGAAGGUUGUCUUUGUCCUCAUUCACUCGUUUUCAAUGGCACUCAGUGUGUUAACGUCUCCGAAUGUCCGUGUCACUACAAUAACCUCAAAUACUCGCAAGGACAAAUCAUCUUUAUUGACUGCAACACAUGCGUUUGCAAAAAUGCCAAAUGGAUAUGCACAAAGAAACAAUGUCCCAAAGUUUGUUCGGCCGUAGGUGAGCCUCAUUACAAAACGUUUGAUGGUAAAAAGUACGAUUUUCAAGGUUCCUGUCGAUACAUUUUAUCUGAAGAUUACUGCGGAAACAAAUGGGGGAAAUAUCGCAUUGAAAUUCAAAAUGUUCCUUGUGGAACAAGUGGUGUUACAUGUACAAAAGCUCCAAUAGUUACAAUCAAUAAUACCGUCAUUACUUUUUACAAACACAAAAUGCCCAGAAUUAACACCUUACCUGGUACUAUAAAUUCUCGUCUCAAUGGUGGAUACAAGAUAUAUCACAGUUGGUUUUUCACCGUUUUGACAACCGAUUUUGGCCUUGUUAUGGAAUGGGAUCACGGAACUAGAGUUUAUGUAAAUUUGUUACCGACCUAUCAAGGAAAUCCUUGUGGACUGUGUGGUAAUAUAAACAACAAUCAAAAAGAUGAUUUUCUUACGCCGCAAAAUCUCCCCGAGCAGUUGGCAAACGAUUUUGGCGACUCGUGGAAAGUGGAAAAGUCCUGUCCAGCUACACGUGUGUCCAAACAUCCCUGUAAAAUACACAAACAAAGAGCUGGUUGGUCGCGGAAGAUGUGUAAAAUUCUCAAAAAGAAGAUUUUCAAACCAUGUCAUGAUAAAGUCGAUGUAGAUCCAUUCUACAGGGACUGUUAUUUCGAUUCUUGUGGCUGUGACAUUGGUGGUGAUUGUGAAUGUUUGUGUACAGCAAUUGCAGCGUACGCUAGGGAAUGUAAUAGACACGGUAUUCAUAUUGAAUGGAGAUCACAAAAACUUUGUCCUAUUCAAUGUGAGAACGGUUUGGAAUACAAAGCAUGCGGGUCUCCAUGCCCAAACACCUGUAAAUCCUUAUGUGGCCCACGAAUUCAUUGCCCAAUACCAUGCACGGAAGGAUGUCAAUGUCCAAAUGUGUAUGCAGUGAAGGUUGUCUUUCAUGCAACGGACCAAAAUGUACCUCAACUUCAGGUAUCGCCCCUAGUACAAUAUUUACUGUCACUGGACCUUCAGAAUCAAGGACAUCAGCUGUUAUUGGAAUAA